AUGAAGGCUAUGUUAUUUGCCACUGAGGGGGUCUCUGAGGAUGCUGAUUUCAAUAAGGCAAUGGUUGGUGUUGCCAGCGUUUGGUAUGAGGGGAAUCCAUGUAAUCGUCAUCUGCUCGGUCUAGGCCAACGAAUUAAAAAGUCAUUAGUGGAAGCCGAUCUUAUUGGGUAUCAGUUUGGUACUGUUGGUGUCAGCGAUGGUAUCAGCAUGGGGACACGGGGGAUGUCAUACUCUCUCCAGUCCCGCGAUCUUAUCGCUGACCAAGUCGAGACUGCUGCGGGCGGACAUUGGCUUGAUGGAAUGGUCGUCGUCCCUGGCUGUGACAAGAAUAUGCCGGGCGUCCUUAUGGCAUUAGGACGUCUCAACCGCCCUGGGAUAAUGGUGUAUGGGGGUACUAUCCGACCAGGGGCGUGUGAAGGACAGCCCCAACUUGACAUCGUCUCAGCAUUCCAAUCUUACGGGAAGUACUUGCAGGAUGGUCAGACGUCCGAGGCGGAAAAGUUCCGUUAUAGUACUAUUCGACACGCGUGCCCGGGACCUGGUGCAUGUGGAGGGAUGUAUACAGCAAAUACUAUGGCCAGCGCUGCUGAGGCACUUGGAAUGACGUUACCGGGCUCGUCAUCCUUCCCAGCGGAGGAGAAAGAUAAGCUCGACGAAUGUGACAGCAUCGGAGCAGCUAUGCGUGCCAUUAUUGAACAAAAUAUCUUGCCGCGGGACAUAAUGACCCGCCCGGCCUUCGAAAAUGCAAUGGUACUUACCAUGAUCCUCGGAGGGUCAACAAAUGCCGUCCUACAUCUCAUUGCUAUUGCACACUCCGUCGGAAUAAAGCUCACCAUUGAGGACUUCCAAAAUGUCUCCGACCGUACACCGUUCCUUGCAGAUCUCAAGCCCAGCGGGAAGUACGUGAUGGAGGAUGUUUACAAGCUAGGAGGGGUCCCGAAAAUUUUGCACUAUCUGAUGAAGAACAGCCUCAUUGACGGCAACACCAUGACGGUGACCGGGAAAGCUCUCGGUGAAAACCUGGAACGAUGGGUUGUGAAGCAUGGGGAAUUUCCUGUCAACCAAGACGUCAUCCGACCCCUUGAUAAGCCUCUCAAAUCCACAGGACAUAUAAGGAUUCUGAGGGGAAAUCUUGCCCCAGGUGGCGCGGUAGCAAAGAUCACCGGGAAGGAAGGGUUUCAAUUCAGGGGGACAGCGCGUACCUUCGAUGGGGAAGAAGACUUUGUCGCUGCUGUUGAGUCGGGCUUGUUAAAGAAAGGCGAAAAGACUGUUGCGGUUUUGCGGUAUCUGGGACCGAAAGGCGGGCCUGGCAUGCCUGAGAUGCUGAAACCCACUAGCCUGAUCAUGGGCGCUGGCCUGGGUCAAGAUGUAGCCUGUCUUACUGACGGACGUUUUAGUGGAGGUUCCCACGGAUUCGUGAUUGGUCAUGUUGUGCCAGAGGCCCAGGUCGGGGGCCCCAUUGCACUUGUCCGCGACGGAGACACGAUUUCUAUUGACGCCGUGAAGAAUACCAUUGACCUGAUUGACGUCGAUGAUGCGGAGCUCGAGAGGCGGAGGACGGAGUGGCAGGCUCCUCCGUUGAAAGUUAGCCAAGGUACUUUGUACAAGUAUACAAAAAUCGUGGAAGACGCCAGUCAUGGGUGUGUAACUGACGCUUGA